UUUUACCGGUUUUCUAAACUUCGUUUUUGAGAAUGUGUUCGGCGGAAAAGGCGGCGAUGGUGGUGGUGGUGGUGGCGCUCCUCCUGCUGCUACUCCUGGUCCCUCAGGUCAAGGAUCAAAGGUGGAGGCAGCACCGAAAGAAGGAAUUGGACAGGGAGCUGACUAUCAAACAUGGAACAAUUUGGAUCAGGUUUAAUGUCUUCGCUAAGAAGGACGGCGCCAAAUCGGACGCGGACAAGAAGUCGGCUGCUGGUUCCGGAUCACAAAAGGAAGCGGCACCCAAGGAAGGAAUCGGCGCAGGAGCGGACUAUCAAACUUGGAACGCGAUGGACAAGGAUGUCUUCCUCAAAGGCAAAAAACCUGAUGAUGACAAAAAGUCUUCUGGAGGGGGGAAAGGCUCUGAUGAUGAGGGAUCGAAGGCAGAGGCGGCCCCACGCGCUGGAAUAGGCCAAGGUCAGGACUAUCAAACUUGGAACGCGUUGGAUAAAGAUGUCUUCGUCAAAAAGUGAGAUAGAUUGAGGGAUAUUAGGUCUCUUUCCCUGUACAUCCUGAACUUGUGUGAGUGGAUGUUUGUGUAAUCUCACUAUGGUAUGUAUAUAAAUAAAUAAUCCCUCUUUGCCUAUUUUCCCCUUUGUUUUGUUUACUAAUCGACAAAUUAAUUGCUAAAAAUAAUUUCUGUCCAUAUUAUAAACCUUUUCUAUGUGUUCGGCGCCGUAAUUGUCCGCGCCUAAUUUUUUCCAGAGAAUUUUUUUCAGAAAUUUUCCUAAAAUCUGUCGGGUUUCUUUGGCUACUUUCUAUAACAUUCUUCUCAAUAAAUAUUCAUCCCUUGUAUUUUCUGUCCAUUUUUAUAAAAUAUUUGUGUUUCCUCAUGUAUUUAUUGCUUGUUUGUUGUAUAUUUUUUGCU